GGGCGCUCCCGCGCAGCGCGGUCUCACCGCGGGCUGAGGCGGGCGGAGCGCUCCGGCCUCUUCCCAGCGCCCCCGUGCGCGCCUCGCUCAGCACAGCAAUGGGCUUCACCAGCCCCGGCCGCUCACAGCGGCACCGGAGCGCCCCCCCCCGCACCGCGGCCUCACCCAGGACACGCACCCCGCGGGGGCCGCCCCCCCGCGCCGGGGCCGGUACCGGAGCGAGGCCGCGCAUAGGCCCCAGCACCGGCCGGGGCGGGUGGGGCCGGAGGCGGUGGAGGGUGAACUGAGCACUGCGCCUGCGCACGCCGCCUAGUCCCGCCCUCCACCUCUCAUUGGCCGGCCGCGGGUCGCGCUCAGCCAAUCGCGCGGGCGGGCAGGCGGGUGGAGGGGGCUCUGCCAAGAUGGAGGAGUACGCGCGCGAGCCCUGUCCCUGGAGGAUAGUGGAUGACUGCGGAGGCGCUUUCACCAUGGGAGCCAUCGGAGGUGGCAUCUUCCAGGCUAUCAAGGGCUUCAGGAAUUCCCCAGUGGGUGUAAACCACCGGCUGCGGGGCAGCUUGACAGCAAUUAAAACAAGAGCUCCCCAGCUGGGAGGUAGCUUUGCUGUCUGGGGAGGCCUCUUCUCCAUGAUUGACUGCAGUAUGGUCAGAAUGAGGGGGAAGGAGGAUCCUUGGAAUUCCAUCACCAGCGGAGCCCUCACUGGAGCCAUAUUAGCUGCAAGAAAUGGCCCCGUUGCCAUGGUGGGAUCUGCUGCCAUGGGAGGAAUUCUCCUGGCUUUAAUCGAAGGAGCUGGAAUUCUCUUGACAAGAUUUGCCUCCACACAGUUUGCAAACGGCCCCCAGUUCUCAGACGACCCGUCCCAGCUGCCGCCCGCUCCCUCGCCCUCUCCCUUUGGUGACUACAGGCAGUACCAGUGAUCCUCCUCAGCUCCUGUUCUCCUCAGCUCCCCCUGCAAGCACCGGCAGCCCCAGCUGUGCUAUGUCUUCCCACCGGUGGUAACCUCUGCCACAAACCACGCCAAGAGGCCCUUCAGCACUUCUUGGUGUCGAGCCACGCAGGAGAACUCGUCGAAGAGGACAGGUCUAUUUAUUCGUGCUAGGUUCCAUUGCUGUAAUGUUAAUGAGUGUCUGGUAGAAUACACGGAGGGUUCAUGCAAGGAC